CCCUAAUCUUCCCAAGCCAGGCAAUGCAGCUUCAUCAUUAGAACUGCUCUGUGUGAGGGAGGUUUGUUAUUAAUCAGAAUUGCAGUAUGGAAACCAAUCAGAGGGAGAGACUGCUCCGCUACUGCUCCCUGCCUUCCUGACAUAAAAUAGAUGCUGCAAAAGGAAGCUAGAGAUAGUUGCUUGGUAUUGGAAUAGCAGUCGAUGACAAGCGGACAGUAAAACAUCUUUUGGUACUGCAGUGUUAAACAGUGCUCGGUCAUUUUUUUUUCUUUUCUUUUUGGUUUAAUGUUUCACAUGUACGGGGUAUGUAAACUAUCUUUGGAAGUUGGUGAUCCUGCCAGAGCAGUUCAUAUGCAGGAAAUAUGUGAAGGUGAUUCAGCUACAGCAAAUAAGAGAUGCAGCAAUGAAUCUAUGAACACAUAAAGUUAAGACACUAUACGAUGAAGCUGGAUACCAGGACUAAAUCAUAAGCCUGGAGUAAUAAGUAAACUGCCAAACAGGGUUGGAAAUGAUCAGAACAUUAAUUAUGCUGAAAUCUCUGAAUAAAGUUAAAAACCCUGGAAGCUGAGAAUAGCAAGACAGUGCAUCUUCAACUGCUAAAUAUUUAAAAGACUCACAAGGACAUGGAAGUAAUAAUGCAUCAGGUCAUACUCUUUCUUGUACUGGUUUUGUUGCCUCAGCAAUAUAGUGCCAAGUUACUACUAAAAUGGAGUACAGCAAAACAUCUGCACAACGAAACUUCAAAGGAUAUAACAAAAAAUGAUGGACAUGUACUACAGAGGACGAAGCGUAGCUGGAUGUGGAAUCAUUUCUUCUUGUUAGAAGAAUACACAGGCCUUGACUAUCAGUAUGUUGGCAAGCUCCAUUCUGAUCAAGACAGAGGAAAUGGGAAUCUGAAGUAUAUUUUAUCUGGAGAGGGAGCUGGUACUCUAUUCACUGUUGAUGAGAAAACAGGAGACAUCCAUGCUAAGAGGAGAAUAGACAGAGAAGAAAAGGCCAUUUAUAUGCUCCGAGCUCAGGCUGUGGACAGAAGGACAGGCAGGCCUGUUGAGCCUGAAUCAGAAUUUGUUAUCAAAAUACAUGAUAUUAAUGACAAUGAGCCAAAGUUCACACAAGAAGUAUAUACUGCUACAGUCCCUGAAAUGUCAGAUGUUGGAACAUUUGUUGUACAAGUGACGGCCACUGAUGCAGAUGAUCCAAAUUAUGGGAACAGUGCAAAAGUGAUCUACAGUAUUCUGGAGGGGCAGCCUUAUUUCUCAGUUGAAUCAGAAACAGGUAUCAUUAGAACAGCACUGCCAAACAUGAACAGAGAAAACAGGGAACUCUAUGAAGUGGUCAUCCAGGCAAAGGACAUGGGAGGCCAGAUGGGUGGACUAUCUGGAACCACCACAGUGAAUAUUACGCUAACGGAUGUGAAUGACAAUCCACCCAGAUUUCCUCACAAUAUAUAUCAGUUUAAUGUUCCUGAAUCAAUCCCAGUUGGCUCUGCUGUGGGACGAAUCAAAGCAAAUGAUGCUGACAUAGGAGAAAACGCUGAAGUUCACUAUACCAUCAUUGAAGGUGAUGGAGGAAACAAAUUUUAUAUGAGGACUGACAAAGGAAAUCAGGAAGGUGUUAUUAUAGUAAAAGAGCCACUUGACUUUGAAUCCAAGAAGUCAUAUACCUUAAAAAUAGAAGCCAUGAACAUUCAUGUUGAUCCACGUUUUUCACAUCUUGGUCCUUUCAAAGAUCAUACAAUUGUAAAGAUCUCUGUUGAAGAUGCAGAUGAGCCUCCAGUUUUCAGCAGACCUUCUUACUUAUUAAAUGUAUAUGAAGAUAUCAGCAUUGACACGAUUAUAGGCACAGUAACGGCACGUGAUCCAGACUCUACCAACAGUCCUGUCAGGUUUUCAUUAGAUCGCCAUACUGACCUUGAUCGACACUUCAGUGUUUAUGGCGGAAAUGGUUCUAUUCAUACUGCAAAGCCUCUUGAUCGAGAAAAAUCUGCAUGGCACAAUAUUACUAUAAUAGCAUCUGAGCUCAAUAAGCCUAAUCAGAGUAGUCGGAUUCCUGUUUACAUUAGAGUUCUGGAUGUUAAUGAUAAUGCUCCAGAGUUUUCCAUCUUCUAUGACACGUUUGUUUGUGAAAAUGCAAGACCUGGGCAGCUCAUUCAAACUGUCAGUGCUGUGGACAAAGACGAUCCCCCUGGGGGGCAAAAAUACUUUUUCAGUCUUGCUACAGUGAAUUCAAACUUCACAGUUCUUGACAAUGAAGAUAACACAGCUCGCAUCUUAACUAGAAGAAAUGGUUUCAAACGGCAUGAAAUGAGCAUCUAUCUCUUACCAGUUGUUAUCUCGGACAAUGACUACCCCAUCCAGAGCAGCACCAGCACACUGACGAUUAAAGUCUGUGCCUGCGAUACCCAAGGAAACAUGCAGACCUGUAACAUUGAAGCGUUAAUUCUUCCUGCAGGCCUCAGUACUGGAGCGUUAGUUGCCAUUCUGCUUUGCAUCAUUAUUUUGUUAAUUAUAGUUGUUCUUUUCACUGCCAUGAAGAGGCAAAGGAAGAAAGAGCCUCUCAUCUUCUCAAAAGAAGAUAUCAGAGAUAAUGUAGUCAGUUACAAUGAUGAAGGUGGUGGAGAGGAAGACACUCAAGCUUUUGAUAUUGGUACACUGAGGAAUCCUGAAGCAAUUGAAGACAAAAAGCUGCGCAGGGAUAUCAGACCAGAAACCAUAUUUAUACCACAGCGGACUCAGUCAGUGCGGGAUAAUCCUAAUGUUAGAGAAUUCAUUAACCAAAGGCUUCAGGAAAAUGACAUUGAUCCAACGGCCCCUCCUUAUGAUUCACUUGCCACAUAUGCCUAUGAAGGAAGUGAUUCUGUUGCUGUGUCUCUCAGCUCUUUAGAGUCAGUAUCCACAGAUGGAGAUCAAGAUUAUGAUUUUCUAAAUGAAUGGGGGCCUCCCUUUACUAGACUAGCAGAUAUGUAUGGAGGAGGUGACAGUGAAUGAAAGUGCUAGUGUGAUUUAAUACCUUUCUUAACAGUAAAAGGAAUAAUACAUGCACUUCUUAAUGUCAAGGUUUGACUGAUGUCCAAUGUUUUUAAUCUGUUUUCACUUUUCUGCAUUAUCAAUUUCACAGUGAAUUUCACAACUGUGCUUUUUAAACUAGCAUACAGAAGCCAAACAUUGUUGCCACUGGCAUUUGAACUGAAAUGCCGAUUUGCAAAUGAAGAAUCGUUUCAGCUUGAAAAAAACAAUGCAUUUAUUUAUGGAUCAAAUCUAGUUGCUGACUGAUAGACCAGUGAUAACAACACCUUCAGUGAAGACAGCUUGGUUGCACCCCAAGUGAUUGUUUUCUUGUUAAUCUUCUCAGUAAAAGACACAAUUAAUAUGCUCAAGAUAAUUUGCCACAUUUUUAGCAAAUUGACCUGAGUGGUCAAUGAAAAUAUCAACAGUUGCAUUAUGGGUCUGAUGUCUGUAUGACAGCAGUCUGACAUCCAAGAAGAAUUGUGAAUGUUCAUUCUGGGCUCCUAAGUAUGCUGAUUUGGUGGCCCUGGAGGUCAUCUGUUAGGAAAUGAAUUGUUACUGAUGUUACUGGUUUUACGUACUAAUAGAUAUUCAUUAUUUGAGUAGUAGGUUCUAUACAAAAGCACCUCUGGGGCAGAGCAAGUAAUUUCCUGUACUAUAGGACAAACAGAUCUGAGGUAUUCACUGUGGUAUUAAGUGUUGUACAUUACAGGAUAAGUAUGUUUGUAUUUCAGUGGACACUGUUGUUUCAUUAAAUUUUCUCUUGCAAUGUUUUAUAUUUAUAUUUUUGUAUUUAUUUUCUAAAAAAAUAAACAGAUUUGUUUAUCUA